UUUUUUUUCUAAACACAGUAAAAAAACCUUUCAUUAAUUCAUCAUGUCUUCUAAUGCUUACGAUGAACUCGCUCAAUAUAUUCUACCCGUGAUUGAAGCUCAAAUGGAUGAUAGCAAGGAAAUGUGGCCUGAUGUCAAAGGAUUAUUCAUUUUUACUGUCACUAAACAAAAGAAGCCUGCUACUGUUUGGUACUGUCUUUUGCAAGGUAAGGAUAUUAAACCUGUCAUCACCAAUCAAGAAGAAGUAGCCAAGGCAGCUGUGAAAGGCAAGGUCAAGACUGUUCGUAUUCAAGUGGAAGAUAGUGAUGCUUUGAAUUUAGUCACAGGAGGUGUUACUGGUAUCAAAGCUUUCAUGACUGGAAAAGUGAAGGUCAAAGGUGAUCUUUUAUUGGCUCAACGUUUAGAAGAAGCUGUAGAAAAGAUGGGUGCUAGAGAGCUUGCUAUUGCUUUUAUUAAGGAAAAUAAGGAUAUGGUGAAUAAAGCUAUCAAGUCCAAGUUGUAAAAAUGAUACUUUGAUUUCUUUUAUGUAAUUUGGAAUUUUUUUUAUUUACUAUUAUCAACAAUAAACAAAAAAAAAAGGUCUUAAAAGGAAGAAAGCAGUGCUUCCUUCACUUUAAAAAUGAAGAG